AUGCGUUAUGCGACAAAGAAGAAAUUUUUGUAUUUAGUGUUUAUUAUCUUAGUGUUAAUUUUACUCCUACACGGUGAUAUAACACGGAAAACUAAUGUAUUUAUUGAGAAACGUAAAAUUUUAAGUGUAUUGCAUGACGAAACAUCUGAAAAUUUUACUAGUACUGCCAUUGUUGACUGUGAUUAUUAUGAUAUAAUUUAUGAUGAUACAAAAUUACCGUUGAAUUUAAUAGACGGCGAUAGUGACAUUUACAGAAUAAAAAAAGGUGGAGAAUAUGCUCCAACUGAAUGUAAAGCUAGGUUUAGUACAGCAAUUGUUGUCCCAUAUCGGGAUAGAGCUGAACUCUUGCGAAGUUUCUUAGUAUAUAUGCACUCGUUUUUGCGUCGCCAGUAUAUCCACUAUCGGAUAUAUGUUGUGGAACAAGUGGAUUCACAACCAUACAACAGGGCUAAGUUGAUAAAUAUUGGUGCAGUAACUGCCAUGAGAGCUGGAUAUCCUUGUCUGAUUCUUCACGAUAUUGACUUGUUGCCAAUAAAGGUGGCUAAUAUAUAUGCUUGCACCAAGCAGCCUAGGCACAUGUCCAGCACUGUUAAUAAGUUUAGUUUUGUUUUGCCUUAUCUAAAACUAUUUGGAGGGGUUACUGCGAUUAUAGCAAACCAAUUCAAAAAUAUAAAUGGAAUGAGUAACCGAUAUUUUGAAUGGGGUGGUGAAGAUGAUGAUUUUUACGCUCGUUUGGAGUCACACAAACUAAAACUGUGUAGGUUUGAGCCUGAAACGAGUGAAUACCAUGAGAUUGCACCUAGGCUACAAAGAAAGAGGAAUGUAAGAAUGCAACAAUCAAGGUUUCCAGAAGACAUUGCUGAAGAUGGAUUAAGCUCAUUAAAGUAUACUGAAGUGGCCACAGUUCUCCAUCCACUAUUUACCCAUAUCAUGGUUGAUUUGUAG